CUAAUGUCAAAUGCAACCGAAUUGUUUUCGUAAUACUGAAUAGGCAUACCAUUUUAUUUUUUCCACAAAAAAUAAAUUAAAAAUGUCACGUAAUUUGGUUUUGUACUUUUCAAACUUUUUGCAACGCUUAGAGUCAGUUUUACCAGCAUUAUUUCAACAAGGUUCACUGCCUCCCGCAUUUGCUUUGGCCGGCUUACCAUCGGUACACGAGAAAAUUCGUAACCAAAACACCCCAACCAGAUCUCUUAAGGACAUUAUAGGAGAUGGCAUACUUUGGGCUGUACCUAAACACCGAAGGACUUUGGAGAAACGUUUAAAUCGUAAAUUCGGUUAUCCCGAAUACAAUUGGAAACCAUUGCGUGUAAAAACAAAUUUGCGAUCUUGCAAUCAAUGUGGUCAUGAUUAUGAGGCCGGUCACUUGUGUCCCCACUGCUACAAUAAAGUUCGUGAGGAAACGCAACAAAUGCAAGAUAAAAUUCAAGAAGAAUUGGGCUUGCAACCGGUUGAACAGGAAGUUGUUGUGUUGUAUGAGGGUGAACGUAAGGAACAACCCUCUGAGAUGUUGAAUGGUAAACGUAUUGUUGAAAUGCCCAAACCUCGACCCAUGUGGUUUACAAAGAAUCUAUUGCAGAAAACCACACAACAGCCUUCUAAUUCCAAGGAAGUAAAACCAAAUGAUUUAGCUUAAACGUGAUUGUUAUUGAAAUAAAAAAAGUAUGUUUUACGAUCAACAAUUAA